AUGAAUCAUUCCGUUAACUUUCGCCUCGAUUCGACAGCUCGCCAAUUUCAGGCCAGAGACCCGAGCCCUUGGAACAAAGAGCAAGCAAGCACACUGAAGAAGACCGAGGCCUGCUUCGCUUCCCUGAUGAAAUUAGUCCAUCUGGUGGCAGCCGUGGCGAUGCUGCUCGUGGGUACCCUCCACGUGCUGAUGCAGCUUCUUGGCGCUGAAACUUUGGCGAGAGCUAAUUUGAAGUUAAAAGCCUGUUUGCCCUUUGACGGCGUGUUACUUCUCAUGACGGCUGAAGGAGAUUUCCAGCCGCCUGAUACUGUCGCUGGAAAGGCUUCGGCAACUCUCAGUGACACUUUAUUGCGAGCCCAGUGGCGAGGGCGGAUGACGCUCGCGGUGAAGUUGCAGUACCUUUGUGGGGAAAUCACAGAGCAUGCAACCGGGUUUGGCAUCAUGCCGCAAAACAUCGCGGAAAAGAUCCGCGAGAAGACACCUGGUGAGAACGGUCAGUUCGCUUCCGAUGGCCAUCAUCCAGAUACUCCUCAGGCAGCCCGAGAGCAGGCAUACUCAUCCAGGCGGUUCUACACCCCAGAUGAUGACGACGAGGGCGAGGGCGAGGAGCCCCCACUCCUGAGCAGUUCCGGACGCGGCAGCCGCUCUCAGGGCCUUCACGAGCGCGGUUCCGGACUCGACCCCUCGAGUUUGAGGCCCGCGCCAGCAGGGUCUCUCCCUCCAAACGUGGACACAUCCAGUUCCAUGCACGACAAACCAAACACAUCUUCCAUGGCGGCGUCCUCAGAGCGCCUCCGAGAGGACCCCUUCUUGACGGGCCGGAAGCUGGAGGCCUUCCCGGAAGCGGGUCCGCCUAUGUCUGCAGUGGAGCCGCAACGCUAUGACGAUCCACCAGCUUCGUCAAAGGGCGACCCACGGCCGCCGGAGGGCUCGCUUCCCAAUAAGUGGGAGUGGCCACCUUGGUGCCUCAACUUCAAGUCUCCGAACAUCGAGGUCUGGGUUUUCGAUGAUGACUGCAGCGUCGGCAGGUGGGUAGCCGCUCAACCGCAAAGCCGUGUUGUUGACAAGACCGGCCGCGAUGCAUACCUUUGCGCCGAGUAUCUGUGGGAUGGCGAGUACUAUGUCCAGGACUUCGGACCCCAACAUGUCCGGAAGAAGGGCGAGUCAAGAACCGUUUGGCAGGCACUCACGCAGUCCGAGCCGUACGGAAGCGCAGAGCUGGACGCCACGAAGGUCUUCAAGAAAAAAGAUGAGGACGACAGCCUAAUGGACACCAAGGUCUUCAAUGGAAAGAAGGGGAAUCCUGGGCGCGAUAUGGGAGGCCAGUCGCGUGGUCCGAGAAUCAUUUUUGGCAUUUGGACUCAACAUGGUGUUCAUUCUCUCAGAGUUGGCACAUUUUCUUGUUGA